ACACAAAUAUACAAAUAAUUUCUUCACUCUCUGCCUUAAUUUGCUCUCUUUCUUGAAUUUUUUCAAGAUUUUCAGAAACAGAGCGCUCUGUUUUCAAGUCCUUUGUUCGGUACGUUCUUUAAAAGAUUGGCAUUAAUUCUUGGGAUAUCAUGACGAACCAAAAUGUGGUGGUGGCUGAUGCAAACUCAACCAUCAACCAGGUGGCGAUAUCUAACUUCACGACGGCGGCUAAAAAGCCGCCGUCGUCUCCCGGCGGUUACAUCUCCAUUUCAAGAAAGAAACUGUUAAAGAAUCUUGAAAUCAACGGAGGCCCAAGAAUUAAUUCUUGGGUGGAGUCAAUGAGAGCCUCCUCACCAACCCAUUUGAAAUCUACACCUUCACUCUCCGAAGAAAAAAGCUCUUGGAUUCUCCACCACCCGUCGGCGUUGGAGAUGUUCGAGCAGAUAAUUGAAGCUUCGGAAGGGAAACAAAUAGUGAUGUUUUUGGAUUAUGAUGGCACUCUUUCUCCUAUUGUUGAUGACCCAGAUCGAGCUUUCAUGUCCAAGAAGAUGAGAGCGACAGUGAGAAAGGUAGCGAGGUGUUUUCCGACGGCUAUAGUGAGUGGAAGGUGCAGAGACAAGGUUUAUAAAUUUGUACGGUUAGCAGAACUGUACUAUGCUGGAAGCCAUGGCAUGGACAUUAAAGGACCAGCAAAAGGCUCCAAAUACAAGAAAGGUAGUGAAGGACUUGUCUUCCAAGCUGCUAGUGAAUUUCUACCCAUGAUAGAUGAGGUUUACAAGGAAUUGGUAGAGAAAACUAAAGCAACUCCAGGUGCUUUUGUGGAGAAUAAUAAGUUUUGUGUCUCUGUUCAUUUUCGUUGUGUUGAUGAAAAGAAAUGGAGUGAAGUGGCACUAGCGGUUAGGUCAGUAUUAAAGGAAUACCCAAAGCUUCGACUUACUCAAGGCAGAAAGGUAUUGGAAAUUCGUCCUACUAUUAAAUGGGACAAAGGCAAGGCUCUUGAAUUUUUGUUGGAGUCACUUGGAUUUGCCAAUUGUACAGAUGUUUUUCCUGUUUAUAUUGGAGAUGAUAAAACAGAUGAAGAUGCAUUCAAGGUAUUGAGAGAAAGAGGACAAGGUUUUGGAAUCCUGGUCUCUAAAUUUCCAAAAGACACUAAUGCAUCUUAUUCGCUACAGGAACCCACCCAGGUUAUGGAUUUUUUGCAACGUUUGGUAGAAUGGAAGAAGGUGUCUUUGCAUGGGUAUUCAAGGGAGUAGACAGAAGUAGUAGAAAAUUAAAAUAUUAAUAAUUACGAGUAAAUUAUUAUUACUAUAUAUAAUAUAGUUGGACCACCUCUUAAAGAAUUGUAAUUAAAAGGUGGGAUUAGAAAUUAUGUAAUUUUAUUUCUUGUUCAAGGUUUAAAAAAAGGGGUUGGACAAGAAAUAGACAAAUUAAUCCCCUUACCCUCCAUGAUGGACUUUGUACAUCUUGUAAUUAACUACCUGAGUACAAAGGGUUAAAUAUAUUUGUAAUUUUGCAAGUAAUUAAUGCAUGCAUAGAGCAGCUUUUAAC